AUGUCUAGAGACUUCGCUUUGUCGUCCGUGUCGGGUCUGUCCUCGGCUUCGAUCGUCUCUGUCCUGAGUCAUCUCCUUGCCUCGUCUGCCCCUCCUCUCUUGGACUCGUGCCCUAUCUGUCCGGACCUUCCUGACUUGGAUUGGGGUUCCUUCUUCUUUGGCCUGGGCUGCGGUGUGUUGCUCCUCCCGCUUUUGGAGGUCCUGUUGCUUGUGCGGAGCGCCUUGCUUCGGGCGCUCGCUCUGCGGCUGCAGGGCCCCGGCUUCUUCCGCUUCCUCCCGAGUGAAAUCAGGGCUCUGCGAGCCAUCGUCGGUGUGGGUGCUGAAGACUACGAGCUGGUCGAUCCGGCUACCUCGUCUCGUGCUGGUGGGGCGCCCUCCAGCCCUUCAGUGUACACUCCCGAGCGCCCGGCUCGUACUUCUUGGGCUCCCUUGCAGGCCUCCGGGCCCGCGGCAGUUCAGGCCGCUCCAGCUCUCCCUCGUUCCGAGAGAGACAACGCUUGCAGGGAGAUCGGUUUGUGGAUCACCCGUGCUUUGGCUGGCGACCAUCGCGGUGCCAGCGGCCGAGAUCGCAUUGCUCAGGCCUCAAAGUACUGGAUUGUGUUUCGGGGCUUCGAGGGUGAGAACUUUGACCCACCUCGUGCUUUCACGGCUUUUGCGAAAGCCAAGACUCUGUGCAAAAGGCAGGCCGACUGCGGCCAAUCUGUGUUCAUCGGGCUGCCGGCUCGUGCCGACGUGGAGGCACUAGACGGCGCGCCUUUGGAUCCGCGCGAUUUGGCUGUGGCUCAGCCGGAGGGGCCGGACUCGAGCUAUUUGGUGGGGGCCCUUCCUUUGGCACCUGGUGGCGAGGAGGGCACGGGGUCAUGCGAGGCGAUCGUGAUCUCCGAGGUCGAUGGAAGGCUUGUAGUGGCCGUUCCUGCCGGCGCCUGGGCCCGCAAGUUGGCCGACCGGCGGUUGCCGCGAACGGCUUUGUCCAAAGUGGUGUCGGUCGAGGUGGCCGCUGUUUCGCCGGAGGAGAGGGACUUGAUGGUGGAUGGUGCCACAGUCAAACUGUGGGUUGGCUUGCUGGACGCCGCGAUGGUGAGCAGCCUUUCCUUCGAGGGCGGUGGCGCUGCAGACCUCCCCUUCGCUCAAGAUGCGCAUGGCGUGGGUUUGCUUCCUCACGCGGCUUCUUUGGUGGCCUCUGUGGAGAAUCUGCCUGGGCUGGGGCACUUCGCUUCGGCCGACUCUGGCGGGCCUCCGGAAACCGCGGCGGCCAGUAUCAACGUGCGGGUCGACCGGCUGGAGACUGCUAUGUCCAAGGUCGCCUCCGGCAUGAAAGCGUUGCUCUCCAAGCAGGGGCUUACAGAGGAGCCUCCAACCGACAUGGUGGGACGCAGCCAGCGAUCGAAGCGAGCGCCCGCUCCUGCUUUACGUGCCGAGCCGACCGCCUUUGGGAAUCUGGAUCCUGGCGUCACCCGUGCUGCCCUCGACGCCGGGGUUUCGAAGCAAGCCCUUGGAGAGAUGAACAGGCUGGUCGGAGGCAGUGGUGGUCCCGGGGUCCGCGUGAAGACCUCCGCCGCGCUGAAGGCGAAUCCGCUUUCAGAGUCCGAGGAGGAAGUGGUCGAAGCACCUGGCGCUGCUGUGGCGCAACCGGCCGACCCCGUGGGCCAGGCGCUGGUGAAGUUGACUCAGUUGGUAGAAAACCUGGCGGUGGGAAAGAAGAGGCAGCCUUCCACCUUGGACGGGAUCCUCGACGCCGCAAGCAGCGGCGCUACUGGAUCGCUGGAAGCCGGGCCUUCUCUCAGGAGGAACGCGGCUGCUCGGAGGGCCCUCCGGUCCGCCUUGACGGAAAAUCCUGCCGUUCUCUCUGGCACGGUGGAGGCCCUUAUGAAGGAGGAUCUGCACAGCCUGUCGACUCCUGGGUACGAGGCCGCUCCGAGCGCCAGAGCCUGGCUGGAACAUCGCAGCCGGAUCGGCCCGCACCAGACGCUCGCUCGCACCGCCUGGUGCGUAGCUGGCGCGCUGGACGCGGCGCGAAGGAAGUCCUACGAGGAGUGCGAAGCUCGCUUGAACGUGCUGAUGGUUUGCAUGGAUCAGGUCGCGACCGACCGCGGCAACUGGACUUUGGCGAGCGAGCUGACUCUCGAGAGCCCCUGCCCGCUUCACGCCUUCAAGGCGCACGAAUCCCGAGAGAGGGACGGCGAGCAGGUGUGGUCGAGGAUCUUGGACGGCCGUUGGGCCGAAGUUGCGCUCCACCACUUGCGCGACCAGUCGGACUUCCUGGAAAAACGAGCCCGGCUGGGCCGCCGCCAGCAGCAGCAGCCGGACGACGACGAGAAAGACCAAGGGCGUGCCGACGUGAUAGCUGCCAAAGCCAUCGAGGCUGACCGCCUGACUUUUCCCGAUCCGCCGGUCUUCGACCCGGGUCCCUUUCUUGACGAGGACACUUUGCGGCGGUUCGAGAGCCCUUCUCUUUUCGCUCGCUUUCCCGGGCCCUGUGACUCUGGUCCUCCUUCCGUUCGGCUGCUCGCUUCGCGUCGUGAGAAAUUGGCACUCUUCCGCAAGCUGGCUUUGUCUGGUCGCCUCUCCCCUUUGUGUGCUGAGGCUCGCCGGCUUCCUUUCGCGGCUGGGCUGUUCAGUGUGAUCAAGGUUGCGCCUUCCAAGUGGACGGACACUUUGGCUGGGCCCCAGUGUUUGUUGCAACUGGUUCUGCGCCCCUCUGAGUGUCUUCGGGUGUCCUCGGCCGACCUUCGGGACUACUUCUACCUGUUUGCUGUCACGCCCGACCGGCUACAGAGGAACCUCGUGCGCGGCUCCCUCACACUGGCUGAGGCGCAGUGGGUCUUCGACCGUGAUUGCUCCCCCUUCGCCGACUCUCGUCGCCGGGUUCGAGUUGCGAUUUCUACGCUGGGUAUGGGGGACUGCUGUGCCUGCGAGUACGCCCAAGCGGCUCAUGUGGGAGUCCUUCGGCACUUCGGUCUGCUCUCCAGCAGUGAGCUGCUCCUUCCCACGCACCCCUUUCCGCGCUCCUUGCUGUCUGUGGGCAUCGUCAUUGACGACCUCGUCAUUUUGGAGCGUUGUCUUCGUGGCUGCGGGGAGGGCAGGCCGGAUGCUCCCGGGGUUCGCCGCUUGGACUCAGUGCACGCAGCCUACGUUGAAGCCCGUCUGGAAGCCAAUCCUAAAAAGGGGGUGCGUGACGCUGCCGUUGCCACCUUCUGGGGUGCCAAGCUCUCCGGUGACGAUGGCCUGCUUCGGCCAAGCCCUUCUCGUGUCUGGCCAGUUGCCUUCGUGACCGCUCGGGUUGCCGCUUUGGGGCUUGUGUCUCGGUCGCUCCUCGAGAGCCUGGUCGGGUCAUGGACUUCGAUCUUCUUGGUGCGCCGUCGCGCUCUUUGCUUGAUUGACGUCGCCUUCCAGGCCCUGCGUGCCACAGUGCCCGGGGAUGUGAUAAGGCUCAGCGCUGCUCUAUCUGAUGAGCUUUGGUCUUGGGUGAUAAUUGCGCCCCUGUGUGUUGCCAACUUGCGGGCUCAGGUGUGCGAUUGCUUCUUCACCACGGACGCCUCCGACGAUAAGAUCGCUUGUGCUGUGGCUGAUUUGCCACCUCAGGUCGCCGAUGAGUGCUACCGGCACACCUUGGUGAAAGGGGCUUGGAACAGACUGCUCCCUCCUUCUCAAGCUUGGCUGCGGUCUAGGGGCCUUUUGCCUGAGAGCGCAGAGCUUCCCGGGGAGGACUCUUACACGCCUUUCCCUUUGUGGCGAGAGCUUGCACAAGCACUUCGGUUCCGCACUGCUUGGGUGUUGCCUGCCGCCGCUGGGCAGCACAUCAACAUCAAAGAGCUGCGUGGGCUAUUGGAAUUAGAGCGGCGAGUCGCUCGCACUUCAAGCAGCUUGCGGCUGCUAGUUGGCAUAGACUCGCAGGUGACCCUUGGGGCUGCUCUCAAAGGCAGGUCGGCGUCUGGAGGCCUGAACACUUUGCUGAAAAGGUCUCUUGCCACCAUGUUUGGGAGCGACCUCUACCUCGGCCUGGCCUUUCUGGCUUCUGCUGACAACCCCUCGGAUGAUGGCACAAGGUCGCGGGACAUACGAGCCCCAAGCAAAGCUCUGCCGUCGUGGUUCCUGCCGCUUGCCCGGGGAGACACCGCUCCCUUCGAGACCUGGCUUGCAGCCCAGCCUGAGGUUGUUGCACAGCGUGCCAAGGAGACUUUCCUGCCUGAGAUGGUUGAUCGGCUGCCUCGGGUCGCGUCUGAGAGCGCUUGGUCUUCGGCGCCAGAGCUGCCUUCACGCCCACCUCCCGGGGCUCUUGGUUGGAGUUCGGGCAGAGCUCGGCGAGCUAGGAGGAACAGAGCGUUGAGAGCCUGCGGCACCCGCCGGUCUGAAUGUCCCUUGCGUGGCUCGCUCACCCUUGGCGAUUCUUGCUCGGCUUUGGCCGUUCUGGCCGGCCUGCCUCGUGGCCAGUUCUUCCCUGAGGGCGGCGCUCUUGACUUUUCGAAGAAAGGUGCGCUGGAGCUGUUCAGUGGGAGUUCGGGUGUCGCUCGCGGUUUGGCUCGCCGCGGUGCUCCCUGGGUCCUGACUUUUGACAUUGAGCAUGGCCCCGAUCAGGACCUUGACAACGACACCGUUCAGAAGAUGAUUGAGUUGCUCCUCCGAGCACAGGUUUUCCUUUCCUUUGGAGCUUCCCCGCCUUGCUCCUCUUUUUCCCGUGCCGUGCACCCGCCGUGGCGAUCGCGUGCUCAUCCGAGAGGCCUCCCUGGACUUGGCCGUGUUGCUUUUGUAAAGGUGACCAAGGGAAACCGGCAGGCCGAUUGGGUGGCACAUAUCCUCCGCGCUUUUCGUGCUAACUCCGACGGGCACUUCUGGAUUGAGGGCCCCGACGGUUCGUUCAUGUGGCUCCUGGCAGGCUUCGCAGAGUUUGCUCCAGCCGUCUCCCCUUCCACUCUUCGUGUGGAUCAAUGCCGGUUCGGGACCCGGUGGCGGAAGCGGACUCGUUUCGCGGUGUGCGACAGCUCCGCUUUGGCUGGCGAGAGGCUUUUCUGCAACUGUUCUCGGCCCCACUUGGUGCUGCGAGGCCGAGCUGCUCCCGACCACCGUUCGUGGACUUCGAUUGCACAGGCCUACCCCAGACCGCUCGCCGAGCUGGUCGCUGCUGCAGCCGCGAUAAAAGCAGGGUGGACUUCUGGUGGCCAUCGACUUUUGCAGAUUCCUUUGUCUGCUUGUGUGGCCGGCGCCCCUACCGCCCGUCUUGGUGAAGCCUCACACCCGGGCCCUCGCGGACGGCGGCUCUUCCGGGACUCCGCGGUUGGACUUGAGGACCGGCCGUUGCAAAGCCAAGCCGCCUUGCUGUUGGGCCAGAAGGGUUGGGAUGCUUUUCUCUCCUGGGUUCAGCCUUCUCUGUCGGAUCCUUGUCUGUCUGUCUUCGCUAAGUCUCCUGCGCUCCUCGCCAUGGCUUUGCGCGCCUAUGGGAACUGGCUCUUCAAGAACAGCGGGUCAAUACACGAUUUUCGGCACACUAUCCUGGGAGCUCAGCGCCGUUUUCUGAACUUGAAGCCUUGGGCCUCGCACGUUUGGGAACUGGUGAGCCGUUGGGAGCAUGCCGAGCCGGUCCAGCAUAGGACACCGGUUCCGGAGCCUGUUUUGAAAGCAUUGGUGGCCCUGGCGUGGCUCUCUGGAUUUGUUGCUUUUGCAGCGGUCACUCUGUUGAGCUACUACGGGCUGGGGCGGAUCGGAGAGGUCUUGCCGGUCCUUCGAUCGGACCUCCUUCUGCCUAGCGACGACUGGUGGAACCAAAGCCGAGCUGCGUACCUGACUUUGCGAUCCUCAAAGACUAUGAACAGAAAACGCGGGAGGAUACAACAUAUGAAGAUCACCGAUGCCAAAGCGGUUGCCUUGCUGGAAAAGCUUUAUGGGAACCGGCCGGGAGGAUACCGCCUCUUUCCGCAGUCUCCUUCAGCUUACCGGUACAGGUGGAACAAACUGCUUGAAACGCUGAGCGUCCCGGCGGAAGCCCGCCUGACGCCAGGUGGCCUUCGUGGUGGAGGCGCGGUCCAGAGUUACAGGAGUGGUGUGGCCAUCACCGAGAUCCAAUGGAGGAUGCGGCUGCGCCAUAUUCAUACUCUGGAGUUUUACUUGCAGGAGGUUGGUGCUGCCUUGGCGCUCGCGGCGCUCAGUCAGGCCUGUGCCGCUAAGGUUCGCACCGCUGGCACCUUCUACGAGUUUCUGUGA